AGUUAUAGAAUCGUUCAUAGUCACGUCAUGAGCAGAUUUGCCAAUUUUAUUGCUCGAUCCAGAUUGCAAACAAGACGAAUAUUUUCCACCCACGAAAAUCCGUUUGGUAUCUCUGGUAAUUCAAAGGAACCAAGCACAUUAAAAAAUAAAGCACAGCAGAUUAGGAAAGGUUUACCAAAGAAAUGGCCAAUUGCUGGCGUGGAACAUGUCAUAUUAGUGGCUUCGGGUAAAGGCGGUGUCGGCAAAUCAACUACCGCAGUUAAUCUGGCCCUUGGGAUAGCUGCCAAUGAACCAUCAAAAUCCAUUGGAUUAUUAGAUGCCGAUAUUUACGGCCCAUCGAUUCCUCGUAUGAUGAAUUUAGUUGGACAGCAGCCUCAGAUAACUCAACAAAAACUGAUGAAGCCAUUGAUUAACUUUGGAAUUUCUUGUAUGUCUAUGGGAUUCCUGGUAGAUGAGAAGUCACCUAUAGUAUGGAGAGGUUUAAUGGUAAUGUCUGCUAUUGAAAAACUCAUUAGACAGGUUACCUGGGGACCGUUAGAUUACUUAAUAGUUGAUAUGCCACCUGGUACAGGUGAUACACAGUUAUCAAUCUCCCAGUUGAUACCAGUAUCUGGUGCUCUGAUUGUGACUACACCACAAGAUAUUGCUUUGUUAGAUGCAAGGAAAGGAACAGAAAUGUUCAGAAAAGUUGAUAUCCCGGUGCUUGGUAUUGUACAAAACAUGAGUGUGUUUGAAUGUCCAAAUUGUCAUCAUAAGACCCAUAUAUUUGGAGAUGACGGUGCUAGAAAUAUUGCUAAAGAGAUGAACUUGGAAGUCCUUGUGAACAUCCCUUUGCACAUGAGUAUCCGGGAGACAUCAGACAUGGGAAAGCCAAUUACAGUGUCUCAACCUCAAUCUUCUCAAGCCAUGGCAUACAGAGAUUUAGCUGAAUGUGUUGUUAACAAAAUACCAAAUACCAAGAAUACAGUCAGAUGAAAUGCUGGCAACAUGGUUUUCUGAUGUCUGCCUUGAUUGUUGAUGACAUUGGAAAUGCUAUUAUAUUGCUGUACUAUCUGUAGUUGGACAUAAUUGAAUAGCUAUUUACUCUAAAGAUCAGUAUUAUAAAUCCCUGUAUCACUAACUGUUAUGCAUGCCAUGUAUGUAAUCAGUUUGUAUAUUCUCAAACAGUAUGUAGAGAAAACAGAAUUAGGAGACAGUCUAUUUUAUAUCACUGCCAUAUGAGAAUUUCAGACUGGAUAACCAUAUUGAUCAUUUUUCAGUAGUUUGAUAAAUUAAUGAUUUCUCUGUUUUUUUUAUACUUGUAAGUUGGUCAUUUGAUAAAAAGGUUAUCACAUAAUAUAACUUAUUUGUGAAGCUGGUUGUAUUAUCCAGUCACCUAUGGUUCAGACAUUAAUUGGGAUUGGCGCCCUCUAUCAAGACAAGUUGUGAAAGUCUGCUUAGACAAUUGCU